CCAGUCCACAUACUUCCUGGUUCCCUCCCCUUCAGAGCUACAGUUUUACAGAUGGGUGUAACCAACAUGGUGGUGAAGUGCAGCAGCUGACAGGCCCCGUUCACUGCAGAGACACAUGUUGUUCAGAUCAGAGCUCAAAGGAGACUCAGUCGUGUUGUCUUUGAGAGGUAAAAUAGAGCAGAAAGGAGUUCAGCUGGACCGGGAACGCUUCUCUUGUUCCAUCUGUCUGGAUCUACUGAAGGAUGCGGUGACUAUUCCCUGUGGACACAACUACUGCAUGAGCUGUAUUAAAGCCCACUGGGAUAAAGAGGACGAGAAGAAACUCCACAGCUGCCCUCAGUGUAGGCAGACCUUCACACCGAGGCCUGUCCUGGUGAAAAACACCAUGUUAACAGAUUUAGUGGAGGAGCUGAAGAAGACUGGACUCCAAGCUGCUCCUGCUGAUCACUGCUAUGCUGGACCUGAAGAUGUGGCCUGUGAUGUCUGCACUGGGAGGAGACUGAAAGCCUUCAAGUCCUGUCUGGUGUGUCUGGCUUCUUACUGUGAGAAACACCUUCAGCGUCAUUAUGAUGUACCUCCAUUAAAGAAACACAAGCUGGUGGAGCCCUCCAACAAGCUCCAGGAGAACAUCUGCUCUCUUCACGAUGAGGUGAUGAAGAUUUUCUGCCGUACUGAUCAGCAGUGUAUCUGUUAUCUCUGCUUAAUGGAUGAACACAAAGGCCACGACACAGUCUCAGCUGCAGCAGAAAGGACCGAGAGGCAGAGAGAGCUGGAGGGGAGUCGACUAAACAUCCAGCAGAGAAUCCAGGACAGAGAGAAAGAUGUGAAGCUGCUCCAUCAGGAGGUGGAGGCCAUCAAUCUCUCUGCUGAUAAAACAGUGGAGGACAGUGAGAAGAUCUUCACUGAGCUGAUCCGUCUCUUUGAGAAAAGAAGCUCUGAUGUGACGCAGCAGGUCAGAUCCCAGCAGAGAACUGAAGUGAGUCGAGUCAAAGAGCUUCAGGAGAAGCUGGAGCAGGAGAUCACUGAGCUGAAGAGGAACGAUGCUGAGCUGCAGAAGCUCUCACACACAGAGGAUCUCAACCAGUUUCUACUCAACUACCCCUCACAGUCACCACUCAGUGAGUCUACAGACUCAUCCAGCAUCAACAUCCGUCCUCUGAGCUACUUUGAGGACGUGACAGCGGCUGUUUCAGAAGUCAGAGAUAAACUACUGGACGUCCUGAGAGAGAAAUGGACAAACGUCUCACUGAUGGUGACUGAAGUGAAUGUUUUACUGUCACAACCAGAGCCCACGACCAGAGAUGGAUUCUUAGAGUAUUCACGGGAACUCACACUGGAUCCAAACACAGCACACAGACAGCUGUCAUUAUCUGAUGGGAACAGAAAAGCAACAUUUAUGAGUGAACAUCAGUCUUAUUCUAGUCAUCCAGAAAGAUUCACUGAAUGCUUACAGGUCCUGAGUAGAGAGAGUCUGACUGGACGUUGUUACUGGGAGGUGGAGUGGAGAGGAGGAGUUCUUGUGGUCGUUGCAUACAAGGAUAUCAACAGAAAAGGGAAAUGGGACGAUUCAGGAUUUGGAUGGAAUGACAAAUCUUGGGCAUUACGAUGUCACAAAAACGGUUAUAUCUUUCGGAACAACAAAGUCCAAACUCGCGUCUCUGGUCCUCAGUCCUCCAUUGUUGGAGUGUACCUGGAUCACAAUGCAGGUAUUCUGUCCUUCUACAGCGUCUCUGAAACCAUGACUCUCCUCCACAGAGUCCAGACCACAUUCACUCAGCCUCUCUAUGCUGGAUUGCAUUUUUUUUAUAUGUCUGGAUCCACUGCUGAGUUGUGUAAACUAAAAUAGGCAGAAGUCAUUUGAGGGUUAAACUCUUGAACUCAUUUAGUCUCCAUGUUUGUGUCUCAGAGCUGAUUGUUGAGGUGUUUCUUCACUGCACUGAGAUCAGCUGUCAGUCAAACCUUCUGGGUGCUACUUUGACAUCUUCUCAUGAGUUGUUCUGUAAAUGUUUGACUUCCUGUAGGUGGCGCUCCUUCCUGUGUCUGUUUAGUCAUGGAGGCUCUCACUGCUCUAAAUGUCUGAAUAUUUCUCUAGAUUUUUUUUCUAUUAAUGUUUCUCUUCCACUGCAUGUUUCUAGAGAGAGAAAGCACCAGACCUUCAUUUGUCAAAGAUAUUUUAGUUGUCUUCACUUUGUAAACUCAUUGAUCAAGAGUCAUUUAACAAACUUUACUGAUGGGAUGUGAAAACAAACUGAAUGUUUAAAUGAUUAAUAAACAAACAUGAAUAGAGUAUUUUCCACUUCAUUUCAGAGUUUCAUACAAAGCUAAUGUAUAAAAUAUGGAACUAAUUAUAUGAAAAUUUAAACUUUAAACUCACUAAAACAUCUUCGUCACAGAGAAAUCUUGCUUUUUACAACCAAGAGUUUGUUUGACUAGAAAUGAUUCAUCACACACACUUAAAAACCUUUAUAAUAAUAAUAAUAAUUUGGUCAUGUUUGGGUCUGUGGAGGAAAGUGGAAGCUCCUCUCUACCGGCAGUAUUCUUUCCAACCGUCAGAGAAAGUGUUUUUUGAAGAGAAAAAGUUUGAGUGUGAAUUCAAAACUUUUAGUUGUGAAAAGAUAAACGGAUUCUUUUGAUUAAAAGAGAACAAUGUAAAGUAGAUGAAUGCGAUUUAUAUUUUCAUAUAAAUCACCAACAAACAGCAGAAUCAGCUGAUCUGGUUCAUUCAUGUGCUUCUUGAUUGGCGUUUGUCAUCUGCUGCCGAGCAGGUAGUCUACAGGCUUCUCUUGAACAGCCUGUUAACGUCCCUCUACAGGAGGGAGAGAGUCCUCGUUGGUGUCAGGAUGUCUCUUUGUCUUUCAGAAACACGGGAGGAUUCAUUCAGAGGGUUUUACAUACAAGUCGUUAGUGGAGUGAGGAGCUUCAGGUGUGCAGUUGAUCAAUCAGAGCCCUUUUCAGACAGAAGCAGAGUCGUUUACUGAGAACUGCUGUUGGAGUUUCUCAGAGUGCAGUCGUUUGGUUUCUCUAAUGUCUCAUUAAAGCUGUACUUUGAUUCUUUAAA